GGUGAUGACGUCGCUCUACUGACGCCGAAUCACGUGACUAGAGAGAGUGUGUGUGCGAGCGAGAGAGUAUUGCCUACGCGCGGCAAAGGCGAGAGAAGAUGGCGGACGGGAAGGGAGAGUCCGGAGCGGGGCUUCCCAACGGGCGGACGGUGGCCCCGGCAUCUUCUCCGCUAGAGCCCGGCCGCUUGGUGGAGAUUCUGCGGGAGCUGGAGGACAGGCUGAAGGAGGAGGAGGUGUCGGUCCUCUCCUCCGCUGUUUACUGCAGACGCCUGUGCGAGGUAUUACUGCAGUGCGCUGAAGAUCAUACAGCAUCUGAAAAUCUCAUACUUUAUACAGAUGUGUAUGGAACUGCUCUGAGGAGUUUUGCAAAUGCACGGCCUUAUCUGACCACAGAGUGUGAAGAUGUUUUGCUACUUAUUGACAGACUUGUAUUGAGUUGUUUUGAAGUGAUUCUUUCUAUGACUGAAGAUGACUUUACAUGUGAUUUUGGGUUGCAAUUUAAAAAGUCAGUCUUGGAUUCGGAAGGCAUAUUAAUAGAAUUUGGACAUAGCAAUCUGCAGUUGCUUGUUGAGAACAUUAAACAUGACAGCGCAUGGCAAAAUCCAGUUCUUGUUAAAGUCCUGUCUCGGCAGACAGUGGAGCCUGAAGAAGUAUCUAAUUGGAUAUCCCAAGAAGGCCCCUGUAUUAUACAGAUGCGUGUUAAACAUUUAAUGAAGACAAACUGCAUAGAGCAAGCCAUGCUUCUAUCAAAAAUUUCCUCUGAAAUGGCUGAGACUUCAAGCAAUUUCUUUUUCCGACAGUCCUUUAUUACAUGCUUGUGUACAAUGUUGCCAAAUGAAGAAGCUUUUAAAGAGAUUUCAAAAAUGGAUGGAAAGGAUGUUUUGGAUACAAUAUGUAAUAUGGAAUCUGAAGGACAAGUUAAUGCUGCAUUUAUUCUCUGUACCACUUAUCUUACACAGCAACUACAAAAUGAAAUAACAGAUUUCUCCUGGGAACUGACUUUGUUUUGGAGUAAGCUGCAGCGAAGAAUUGAUCCGUCUUUGAAUACUUUUCUUGAAAGGUGUAGGCAGUUUGGUGCAAUUGCCAAGACAUGCCAGCACUUAUUUUUUCUUAUUAAAGUUGUACAUACAGAGGCUAAAGAAGAUGGUAUUCCCAUUUCAAUUACAUUAUGUAUACGAGCACUUCAGAUUACAUCAACUGAAAUUGAGGCAACCAAGUCUUCUGUCUGCAAAACAAUAGCAUGCCUCUUACCAGAUGAUUUGGAGGUGAAGCGGGCCUGCCAACUCACAGAAUUCUUAUUUGAACCAACAUAUGAAGGCUUAAAUAUAUUAGAAGAGCUGUUUCUUCAGCCUGAUCAAAAGCAUGUUGAAGAAUCAAGUGUUAUUUCAAACUCCCUCCGCUGUGAACUCUUGCUUGCACUGAAAAGUCAUUGGUCGUUUGAUCCUGAAUUCUGGGCCUGGAAAACAUUGAAAAGACAUUGUCUUAAACUUCUUGGUAAAGAGGUUUCAGAUUCUGAUGACAGCUAUGGAGACCCCUCUGUGAGUGAGCCGGAUAUUUUAAAUAUGUCGGGUGGCUAUGAUACACUGUCUGAACAUAAAGAAGAACCACAAGACAAUGCUUCAAUUGAAACAGAAAGUGUUAAAGUGAAAAAGCCUAUCGGCUCAUCUGAAAGAUAUAAACGAUGGCUGCAGUAUAAAUUUUUAUGUCGUAUCUGUAAUAGAGAAGUAAUUGAGGCACGGAUUCUUCACCAUGCUAGAAUGCACAUUGAAGAUGAUGUUUACACAUGUCCUGUGUGUGUGAAAAAAUUCAAAAAGAAGGAAGUGUUUGUUCCUCAUGUAAUGGAGCACAUGAAAAUGCCCAUGCGGCAUCGCACUAAAAAGAAAACUGAUAACUUUGAACUUAAGGAAGAAGUUGACUAUGAAGGUGAGAGAGACUCAUUUGGUUACAUCUCUUUUAGGACAAUAAGAGACAAAAAUUUGCAAGACAGAGAUGUCUAUCCAUGUCCUGGAACUGGAUGCUCCAGAGUUUUCAAGCAGUUUAAGUAUUUAAGCAUACAUUUGAAAGCAGAGCACCAAAACAAUGAUGAAAAUGCAAAGCAUUAUUUGGACUUGAAAAAUCUGAGAGAGAAAUGUGCUUUUUGUCGGAGGCAUUUUAUCUCAAAUUUUCACUUGCGGCAACACACAAACCUUCACCUAGGACCUCUGCCAUUUAUGUGUGUGUCUAUAGACUGCAAUGAAAGAUUUAAAACUAUUAAUGAACUUCUUCACCACAAACAAACCCACAUAGACCCCCAGUAUAAGUGUGAGCUAGAAGGAUGCCACCUAGUGUUUGGUGACUUAGGCCUGCUUUACCAUCACGAAGCGCAACAUUUUCGAGAUGCUGCAUACACAUGCACUUUUCCACGCUGCAAAAAGUUUUAUUAUUGCAGAUCUGAAUUCCAGGAACACAUUGCUACACAUGUAGCUUGCUCUGGUGAUGGCCUUGAAGAUAGAAUUGAUUUAUAUAAAGAUCUAAGAAAAGAGCAAAAAAGACCAUUUACUUCCAAUUGCAAUUAUGUACAAUUUGCUGAAGACAAAAUUUUAGCAUCUGGUACAAGAGCGCACUUGCUACCUGAAGUGCUUGAGGAAAGAAACGUAAAAUAUUCAAGUAAUGCAGAAAUAUGUGUAUAUCAUGGAUUGAGCUCAGACUGCACUUGUAAACAGGAGAAUAAUGGAAAAGUCAGUGGUGAGAGUCUUGAUAAGCCCAUGGUUAAGUACAUGAGUGACUCGGAUAAUCUGCUUAACCUUUUAACUAGCAGUGAAAGCCAAUACAAUACAGAUGUUAAAGAGGAGCAAGAUAAAACUAAAGUUGUUUCUGAAACCUUAGAUGACCUUACAAAUCCAGAGACCCAUAUCAAACAUGAGCAUGAAGAAAUUCCUUCAUCAGAUAGCUGUCAAAGUUCUGCUUUUUCCGAGGACACUUUGUUUGAGCUGCUGACUAGUUUGAAACAACUAAAUUUACAAACCCCAAAUACCCCCAUAUCAAGCACUUCUCAAGGCCAUGAGUCUGUAGCCAGCUGUUCGAACAAUUUUGCUGAGACUCAAGAAGGCAACAACAUGAAGAAAGAGAAGGGAUUCAGCCAGUAUUUAUCUCGCUUGGCAGCCAAACCGUUUGCAUGUGAGCUUCUGGGAUGCAGAUCUGCUUUUGUUACAAAAGAUGCUCUUUUAUUACAUUAUUGUAAAAAACAUCAAUAUACAAAGGAGAAUGCUAUGAAAUUGAGCAUGUUCCAAAAGAAAUAUGCUCCUUUUGAGUGCCAUAUCUGCCAAAGACACUUUUCAAGAAGAAAUCUGCUUCGAGUUCACUAUAUGAAGGAGCAUCAACUAAGCAAAGAAAAAACAAGGUCAUGUAGCGGAAAACGUGAUAACAAGAAACUUAAAAGCCGCACUAUAAGUCAACGGCGAGCACUGUGCUGGCGAAAAUUUAAUUUAAAUGAAAUGAACAGUAGUCUUAAGAGAACAUCUUCACCCCAGGACGAUAUUAAUUCUGAGACUUGUGGGGAUUCGUUGUCUGAUGAAACCGAUGCUAGUAAUAUGAUUGAUGCACCAAGAGAUGAUGACUUUACACUAGAUGAAGGAAGAGGUAGCAGGCGAGUGGUAGCUCAAGGGAAGUUAUGCUACAUUUUAAAUAAAUAUCACAAACCUUUUCACUGCAUUCAUAAGUCAUGCAAUGCUUCUUUUACCAGCCAGCGGGGCUUAGUCCGCCAUUAUCAGCUUGUACAUCAGUAUAACAAAGAGUCUUUAUGUAUGGAAAAAGUUAAAGAGCAUAAGAGAGAGUUUGGUAAAUUUAGAAAGAUAUUUACUUGUAAAUAUAAAGAGUGUAGAAAAAGUUUUAUCUGUGGAAGAGCCCUGGCUAAACAUUACAAAGAAUUUCAUGAACAGAGUGAUAGUGAUGAUGAGGAACCUAAUGACUUGGAGACUGAAAACCACUUAAAAACAGACUCAGAAGAUGAGGAAAGUGACGAAACUGAAAGUGAUCAAUCUGAGAUUUACUGUGAGGAAGAAGGCUGCACUUCUGUGUUUUCCAAUCAUGCCAAUUACAUCCGACAUAUAAUGUCCCGCCACAGAAAGUACAACCUUUAUGAGGGCAGGAGAAAGCGAAAAAAAAAGGAGGAGGAUUUAGAUGAAAACUAUAUUGAACCGAAACGUUGCCCUCGUUUGAUUUACAAAAAGAAGGUGAAGAGUAAGGAUCGGGGGACAAAAAAGGAAGAGGUUGAAUACAAGUCCAGAGAGGAAGCACUGCAAAUGUGCGCCCAAAAUAUUGACUAUACACAGUUUCCAUGUAUGAUUCAUGGCUGCUCAUCAGUUGUAAAACUAGAAAGUAGUAUCAUACGACAUUACAAACUCACACAUACUGUGAGUGCUGACUACGUAAACGAUCAUUUGACAGAGUUGGUAUAUUGUGUUAAGAAUUUUCCAAAGGGGAAAGAGCAGUCCCUUUCAGAAGACGAACACACUCCUAGACUGAGUUUGCGUAGUGAUAAUAACCGCACUGCCAAUGGAAGGCAUGAGUCUUUGAGGAACUCAAAUGGUGAUCUAAGAAGAAAUGGUCCUGUGGAAAUAUCAAACUUUAAAGAUUCUGACAUAAGACCUUUCCGCAAAUCUGAAGACAGACUUGACAAUUCUAAUGAAAAAGAAAAUGUCUCUUGUACAGGUUUCCAGGCCGGAUGCAAAAUGGAAAACAGAAUAGGUUCUCAGCGGCAGUCUGUCGGGUCUGCUACACUCUGUUCUCAAAAAGACGAUAGGCAAGAGCAAAUACAGUUAGCAAUUGGACUUAACAAUUUUAAGCCAAUGGGGUUUGAGUCAUCUUUCCUAAAGUUCCUGCAGGAGAGCAGAGACACAGAUGAUGAAUUUGAAGAACUUGAGUGGAAUUACCAACAAAAGCGCACAUUACAAAAUUCUUUGAAAAAGCGACCCUGUAAAGAUCGAAUUGACCAACAAAUAAGUUUGUCUCUGGGCAAAAGUGCAGCAUCUGAACUCACUUUACAAAAUUUAAGGACAAUGUUGGACAAAGCGUUGUCAGACUGUGGUGACUUAGCUUUAAAACAACUGCACCAGCUUUAUCAAAGGCCUGUUGUUGUUUUGGAGCGCUCUGACUUUACAUCACCUCUAAUAGAUCUGUUUUCUAAUAAAAAAAACGAUAACCUGUGUGUGGGGAUUUCAUGAUCCACCCCCCACACCCCCUUCCAUAAAAUAUUGCCAGUGUUAUUUUAAGGGAACCUUUCUGAGUGACACAGAAGGAUUGUUAAUAAGAGUUGUACCAUAUAGACAUUUGUGCAAUUAGAUGUAAUAUUUCAUGAAUGUAUUUAUGUGUUCACAAUCUUUGGUUGAUCUUCCCAGCAGUUUAACGUAUUUGGUGCUAGGGCAUCAAUAUAAUGGGGCUUCCUUUGACAAUAAAUGUGCAUGGUUAUCUGGGAGUUUUUGGGUGUUAUAAAAUUUCAUACUUGAAUGAAUUUGCACUUAAAAUGUGCCCUGUGUAAUAUAUUGUACACUACGACCUCUUAUAUUUUUUGAGUUCUGUUUCAAUAAAUGACAAUUUCACCUGUUUUGAUGGAGCAUUCCAACUUUUUAAAAUCUAUUUUUUUACUAUAACAUAAGGCUUUAAAUUUUUUUUUUGUUUUUAUUUGUUGCUGAAGUCAUUUUCCUUUCUUAACUUUAAAUGCUUUAGAAAGGUAUGGGUUUUCUGCACUGAGUGUAGGCUUAGAAAGAAUUUUUUUUUUAUUUUUGUAUUCUGUUUAAAUAGAACAUGCAUUGGUUUGACUGAUAUUUCUUUAAUGCACUGCCGACAUUAAUAAAUAUUUUGUUUUCCCUGUUACUUUGAGUUUUAAAAUGUGAAACUUUUUUUUUUUUUUUUUUUGGAGGGGGGCUGUAUUUUUACAGUAUGGGAAUGUAUAAUUAUUAAAUUAAGUAGAAAAUGUGAUCUAUUUCUGUAUGUAUAGGCCUGUUUCUUUUCAUACAGAGUUUGCCUAAAGUUUAGGACUCUUCAAGGUACUAAUAAAAUACAUGAAAUCAAUUGUAGGUUUACUUGUGGGUUACAGAACUGUCUUGUACUGCAUUUAACUUUCACUGGUACAAAUAAUAAUAUUGUGUUUCUGCACUUUUUUCCUGUACUUUAUGGUUUGUCUGUACAGGAAAUUUGACUCCUAAAUGCCAGAAGAUUACUGUGAAAUGUUAAAGCAUAAUUUGCACUAGUUUGUUGAAGUAUCUCCCACUGUCUGAGAGCAGGGUUAAACAUUUGAGACACAUCUGACUUUUUUUUUUUUUUGUCUAUUUAUUUCAGACACUUAUGGUUAAAAUCGCAUUAUCCUUCUCAAAAGCUCCUCCACUGGUAAACCUAAUGUAACAAAAAAUUUUUUUCUAAUACAAUUGCUAAAACCUCCAGCCUACACAUGAAAACUGCAACCAAUUUGUCACAUGUGCACCCGGCUUUAUUAUCCUCUCCUUAACCCAUUAAGGACCAAGGACGUACUGGUACGUCCUUGGUCCUGCUCCCGUGAUAUAACGCGGGGUUACACGGUAACCCCGCAUCAUAUCACGGCGGGCCCGGCGUCAUAGUGAAG